AUGUCCACCGCACAGCCCAUUCGUCUCCCUGCAGGCGCGCCCACUCCGCUGCUCACCCUAACCCGCCCCAAGCACACGGUCUGGCAGAUCGAACUUCACAACGGCGCUGACUCGCGACUCACGCGUGACCUCGUCGAAGGCGCGCUCAAGCCUGCCCUUAACAUUGUUGAGCGCGAAUGGCGCGCGGGAUGGCGUGCAGCUGUCGCGUCCAAGGCGAAGGACGAGGGUGCGGGCGCGCUCGUGAUCGUCGGAAACAGGGCGCAGGAUAAGUUCUUCUGCAACGGUUUCGACUAUCAGAGCGUCAUCUCAGAUCCCAAUUGGUUUGCUGUGACAUUUGACCCCUUGCUUGUGCGGCUCUUGACGUUCCCUAUCCCGACCGUCGUGGCCAUCAACGGCCAUUGUUUCGCCGCGGGAUUCAUUUUCUCUCUCGCAUGUGACUAUAGGGUGAUGACAGACGGAUCCAAACGGAACUCUUGGGUGUGCAUGAAUGAGGUACACUUCGGCGCUCCCUGGCCAACUUCCUUCGCGUACCUCCUGCGGGGGAAAGUCACCCGCAGCACCAUCCGCAGAAAACUCGCGCUCGAGGGACACCGUUUCACGCCGAAGGAGGCGCUGGACGCGGAGAUCGUUGAUGAGCUCGUCGGCGGUAAGACAGAGGACGUGCUCGCGCGCGCAUUGGCGCUUGCCGAGAGCAAGGCUCCGCUCGCUCAGCAAGGCGUGUGGGGGCUGAUCAAGACGGAAGUGUAUCGGGACGUAGUUGAAGGCGGAGAGAGGGACGUCCGGACCGUGACACUCGCCAUGCACGACGCGGCCGCGAAGGCGAGACUUUAA